UUCUCCACUAAAACCCUAGUCAGCAGCUAUCUUCAAAGUCGUCUUCCUCAGUAGUAGGGUUUCUUCCGUUCCUCUUUCUUUCUCCUUCUCCGCGUGUCUUUCAAUGGCGCUGUUCCUUCUCUACGAAUCCGCGUCGGGUUACGCGCUCUUCGAAGCUCAUGGCCUCGACGAAAUAGGGCAGAAUACUGAAGCGGUUCGGAACUCCGUUUCUGAUCUGAACCGGUUCGGGAAAGUGGUCAAGCUUCGUUCUUUCAACCCUUUUACUUCUGCACUCGAUGCCCUGAAACAGUGCAACGCCAUUUCUGAAGGCUUGCUGACCGAUGAGUUGAGAACUGUUUUGGAGACUAACUUACCUAAAGUCAAGGAAGGUAAGAAGUCAAAGUUUAGUUUAGGCGUGUCAGAUCCUAAGAUUGGUUCACAGAUAGCUGAAGUGACUAAAAUCCCUUGUCAAAGCAAUGAGUUUGUCAGUGAGCUGCUUCGUGGCGUGCGGCUCCACUUUGAUAAGUUUGUUGGUGAUCUCAAGACAGGAGAUUUGGAAAAGGCACAACUUGGUCUGGGGCAUAGUUAUAGUAGAGCAAAGGUGAAAUUCAAUGUUAAUCGAGUCGACAAUAUGGUCAUUCAAGCAAUCUUCCUUCUCGAUACACUUGAUAAGGAUAUCAAUUCAUUCUCAAUGAGAGUCAGAGAAUGGUACUCUUGGCAUUUCCCUGAAUUGGUGAAGAUUGUAAAUGAUAAUUAUCUGUAUGCAAAAGUUGCAAAGUUUAUUGAGGAUAAAGCAAAGUUGGCUGAGGACAAGAUUCCAGAGUUGACUGACAUUGUUGGAGAUGAAGAUAAAGCGAAGGAGAUUGUGGAAGCUGCCAAGGCCUCCAUGGGGCAGGAUUUGUCCCCAGUGGACUUGAUUAAUGUCCACCAAUUUGCACAGCGGGUAAUGGACCUAUCUGAGUACAGGCGGAAGCUGUAUGAUUACUUGGUUGCUAAAAUGAAUGACAUUGCACCAAAUUUGGCUUCUUUGAUUGGUGAAGUUGUUGGUGCACGUUUAAUUUCACAUGCUGGUAGUCUCACAAAUUUAGCCAAGUGUCCUUCUUCAACUCUUCAAAUUCUUGGUGCUGAGAAGGCAUUGUUCAGGGCUCUAAAGACAAGAGGAAACACUCCCAAAUAUGGUUUGAUAUUCCACUCCUCUUUCAUUGGUCGAGCAUCCGCUAAAAACAAGGGCCGAAUGGCUCGCUAUCUUGCAAAUAAAUGUUCUAUUGCAUCACGGAUUGACUGCUUUUCUGAAAGGGGAACUACUGCAUUUGGGGAGAAGCUUCGCGAGCAAGUUGAGGAGCGACUUGAUUUUUAUGACAAGGGAGUUGCCCCUCGUAAGAACAUAGAUGUUAUGAAGUCUGCCAUUGAAAGUGCUGAUAACAAAGAUAUGGAGAUGGAAACAGAAGAAGUGCCUGUCGAAGCUUCAGGCAAGAAAGCCAAGAAGAAGAAGCAAAAAGCUGCAGAUGAAGGUGAUGACAUGGCUGUAGAAACCACAAAUGGUGAUGCAUUGGAAGAUCAAAAAUCAGAAAAGAAGAAGAAAAAGAAAGAAAAGAGGAAAUUGGACCAAGAGGCUGAACAAAAUGUUAUCAAUGGUGUUGCCGAUGGAGAAGUUAAAAAGAAGAAAAAAAAGGAUAAAAAGGAUGAAAAUGGGGAAAUGGUGGAGGCUGCAAGUGAAACAAAGAAGAAGAAGAAAUCAAAAAGUUAAGAUGAUUGGUAAGCCAUGGAGGGCAAUUUUAACUGUUGAAAUCUUAUUUGUCAUGUUACUGUUUUUGGAGAAUGUUGAAUUUCAUUUGCUUAUAACUUAUGCCCUUUGGUGCCAUGUUUGGACUUGCCUUCUUGGUGUUGAUUAGCAUAGAAAAUUUUGUCCCACCAAUCUUUUAGCUUUGGCAUCAUUGUAGUAAUUGAAGUAUCUUCAUCAUAUAAUAGUUUUUACGUCAUCUUUCAAUUUUC